AAGUUCUGGCUCAGAAUUUGUGGCAAAGGCCUCUACCUCUCCCUUGAUCUGUUGAGCCUCCUGAUUCGGGCUCUCUUGAUUUAAUCUCUUGGUGUCUGUAGCAUGAGACUUCAAGCAGUUGACUCACUCCUGAAGAAAUAAAAGCUAUUGCCAGGCUGAUUUACCUGCCCACAGCAAUGUUCUCCCCAAACAAGAGGAUGACCAAAUCUUUGCGCUCCCAGAUCUUUCUAAUGUGGAAGCCAGACAAGACUCAGAGUAUAGCCCGAAAUAUUGAGAAGGAAGUCAUUGCUUCAAGAUUCGCACGUGGCACUGAGGCGUGUCGACAGAAUUUUAGGAAUUUUCUUUACCCAGAACUAUCUGGUCCUCGAAAGGCAUUGACUCAACUCCGAGAGCUCUGUCGUAAGUGGCUGAGACCUGAGAUUCAUUCAAAGGAACAGAUACUGGAGCAGCUGGUGCUGGAACAAUUCCUGACUAUCCUGCCCGGGGAAGUUAAGACUUGGGUGAAGUCCCAGUACCCUGAGAGCACUGAAGAAGUGGUUACUCUAGUGGAGGAUUUGGCUCAGCUUCUAGAAGAGGAAGCUCCUCAGAACUCUGUCCUUUCCCAAGAGACCCCCGAGGAAGACAAGGCCACUGUUUACCAGUCAGGGUGGCUAAAUGACUUGAAAAUCAACAAGCAAAAGGCUGUUAGCAUCCAAAAAUAUGUUUCUGUGACCUUUACUUUUGACCAGUCUGCUUUUGCUCUGACUGGACCACUUCUGUCUCUUGAACUACUUCAGGAUCCUGAUCGUAAAUGCUUAAAAUUUUCAUUGAAAGUACUGCCGUUGUCGCAGCCGAUCAAGGAGCAACAGUUUUGGCCCCCAUUGCGCAGAAAGUUUGGUGAACUUUAUCAGUCAGAAUCAUGUAAAGUCAAAUGGCAAACUAAAGCCCAAGAGUGUACUCCAGGAGAGGAUGCUUCUGAAGUCAAAACAGAUGUCAUACAGACCAUCAAAUUGGAAGAAUCCUAUGACUACGAUGACAGACUAGAAAGCCAAGCAGCAAAAGUCUUCAGGAAAAUUCCCACAAAUAUGAUUGAUUUUAAUUUAAUGUCACUCCUUUCACAAGGUGAUCUUCCAGUAGAGUGGCUUAGUAACUAUGAUAUAGCUAGAAAUAAUUUUGAAGGGCACUCAAGCCUGAUUUUACAGUUUGAUAACGAAUCAGAUAAUAAAACUUCAAUAUAUAAUGAAGGCAUGGCAACCUUCAACCAUAUUGCAUAUGGUAUUCUACAUAAGAAAAUAUAUCCUGGAGAGAAGCCUUACAAAUGUAAUGUAUGUGGGAAAAAAUUUAGAAAAUACCCAUCCCUCAUAAAACACCAAAGUAGCCACACCAAAGAGAAAUCUUACGAAUGUGAAGAAUGUGGAAAAGCAUUUAGGCAUAUCUCCUCCCUCAUUGCGCAUCAACGAAUGCAUACUGGAGAAAAACCAUAUGAAUGCCAUCAGUGUGGUAAAGCCUUCAGCCAGCGUGCACACCUUACUAUCCAUCAGAGAAUCCACACUGGAGAGAAACCCUACAAGUGUAAUGACUGCGGGAAAGACUUUAGUCAGCGUGCACACCUAACUAUCCAUCAAAGGACACAUACUGGAGAGAGACCAUAUAGAUGCUUGGAAUGCGGUAAAACCUUCAGCCACAGUUCAUCACUAAUUAAUCAUCAAAGAGUUCAUACUGGAGAAAAACCUUACAUAUGUAAUGAAUGCGGGAAAACUUUCAGUCAAAGUACACACCUUCUCCAACAUCAAAAAAUACAUACGGGAAAGAAACCAUAUAAAUGCAAUGAGUGUUGGAAAGUGUUCAGUCAGAGUACUUACCUUAUUCGACAUCAGAGAAUUCAUUCUGGAGAGAAGUGUUACAAAUGUAAUGAAUGUGGAAAAGCCUUUGCUCAUUCCUCAACUCUUAUUCAACACCAAACCACUCACACUGGAGAGAAAGCUUAUAUGUGUAACAUAUGUGGGAAAGCAUUCAGUCAGAGUGCAAACCUCACUCAGCAUCAUAGAACACAUACUGGAGAGAAACCAUAUAAGUGCAGUGUUUGCGGAAAAGCCUUCAGCCAGAGUGUGCACCUGACUCAACAUCAGCGGAUUCAUAAUGGAGAAAAACCCUUUAAAUGCAAUAUAUGUGGGAAAGCAUAUAGACAGGGUGCAAAUCUUACCCAACAUCAAAGAAUUCAUACUGGAGAGAAACCUUAUAAAUGUAAUGAAUGUGGGAAAGCUUUUAUUUAUUCCUCAUCACUUAAUCAACAUCAGAGAACUCAUACUGGGGAAAGACCCUAUAAAUGUAACGAAUGUAACAAAGAUUUCAGCCAGAGAACAUGCCUUAUUCAACAUCAAAGAAUUCACACAGGAGAGAAGCCCUAUGCAUGCCGUAUAUGUGGCAAAACCUUCACCCAGAGUACAAACCUUAUUCAACAUCAACGAGUUCAUACACGUAUAAAACAUCGUAAUUAAUGGAUAGAGGAGGCUUCAUCUUGGUGUUAUAACUUAAUCAUUUAAAUUUUUGUUUGCUCUCUUUGUGUUAAAACAUUAUUCAAAAGAAAUCCAAAAGUGCAAUAUAUGUCAGAUAACACUCAGCAGGAACAUCCAGUUUAGUAACAGAUACAACCUAAUUGUUAUUUAAUGUGGGGAAGAAAAAAAAACCUCGGUAUUUUGAGCUUUAUUUGAUUCCAGUUUAACUUAUUUGAGAAAUAAACCCUAUAGGAAGUAAAUAUAUUUGAAAACGUAUGAUCUUCAAAUCCUACUUUAUUUCAAGUUCUUCUUAAUGAGGCCUUAAAAAUAUAAUUUGGGAUAGCGUCCAACAAUUGACAUUUCACAUAGUAAUCCUGGGAUUAAAAAAGAAAACCGCUUUCAGGUCUUUAUUUCUUUCCAGCUUAAUGCCUUAAAAAAUGUGAAGAGUUCCCUCCUCUGUUUUUGCUAAUGUCGUGUGGAGCUAGCCUAUUUGAAAAUAACAAUAAUUGAAAGUGUCCUGAAGAUUCUAUGUAACCACUGUUUAUACUUUCCUCCAGAUACUGAAAUAGUAAGAGAAACAAUGACAGAUGAUGUGUCAGAAUAGAGAAAUUAAUAUGUAUAUAACCUUCAAAUAUGUACAGAUUUAAACAGGCAAAAAUAAAAUACCCCAACCUUAAGUUAAUUCAAGACGGAUUAGCCUUUGUUUCACUCGAUUUUGACAUCUAAACUGAUCCUGAGGGUAAAAAUAAGCAUGCACCCCCCCAUCGUUUUCACCUGAUUCCUAGUCACACUGGGAACCCUGCGACCUCCGUCCAGCUCGCAUUGAAACACUUGCUCCUUGAGUCCGUGCUGUGCUCACUGAAGCUUCAGUUGCUGAAAGCUGCAACUGAUUGAAGUUUAAAAAAAGUUUUUAAGGAAUAAAAACAAACAUAAGGACAUAAUUUUAACUGCUUUGUCAUGGAAUGAACAUAAAAACCUAAAACGGGUGUCAAAUGCUACCUUGUCCCAAGACACGUAAUGAAAGCUUUGUAAAGAAUAUAUACUUAGUUGUAUACAAAGAAAAACUGAUGGGAAAUAGAUUUGAAUUUACUACAGAAAGUGGAUCAGGGGACAAUUAAACUGAAGAUCUAAAGUGUGUAAAGAAUAUAAAUGUAACGCUUAGCACUGAAUGUAAUUGGGCAUGGUUUGCCUAAGAAAGUGACUAGUUAAAUAAAAAUUCAGCCUCAUAUAAGAAGAAACUAAAAAUGAAGUGAGUGAUUUUUUUUUCCAGGGGUAAUUAGAAGCGUGUUACUCCUUCAACAUGUAAGUAAAAUAGGGUUAUGCUCGAUAGUGGGGAAAAUGAUAUUUCAUUAGAAAAACACAUUGAUACACAAAUUAUCAUUGAUUCAUCAAACAGCAAUUAACUAUGUUUGUGGACCCUAAACAACAUCAGAGAAGGAAAACUAGCAAAUAAAAAUAGGUGUCAAAUAAUCUGUAUUUAAUAUCCACAGUAUUCUGUCAAAAUAUAGACUAUAAGGCCAUAAUUUGGCCGCCAUUUCUCUGCCUUCCGUCUUCACAAUGUCUUCUCAAAAGACUUCCAGGUUCAAGAGAGUCCUGGCCAGGGAACAAAAGCAUCCUCGACCCAUUCCCCAAGGAUUCGAGCAACAAACGUGUAAUAUGGAACAACUCCAAGAGGACAUUGGAGAAGAACCAACUUGGAUCUGUAAGGGAUCUCCCAUGUGCUGGCACACACGGCUUUUACCUAGGUUCUCUACCAUGGUGUUUAUGAUUCCAAAUUGAGAGGUGAACAACUAAUAAUGUUUGGGGAGAAAAAAUUAAUGAAAGCUGAGUUCAUCUUGCCUCAUACUUGUCUUUUGCAUGUAGGAGAUGAUAAAUGUGUUGGUUGAAUUCAUGAAUAAAUAUGUAGAAAUUAGAGAUGAGAAUAAAAUAAAAUUGACAUGAAGUGAAAUUGUAAAAUUAAACAUUUUUCUUUGUGCAUACAUGCAAAGAAAUACUUAUCAAAUAUGAAUCAUUUACUGGAUAAUAGGAACUGCUUAAAAAUUAUGAAGAAUCCGAAGCUCCAAAUCUUAAUGGUGAUAGUUCUGUAAAAAUGAGACACCUUUUGCAUAAGGAAAUUUUCCUGGCCUAGAUAAGGGAAGCUGAUGUAAAAUCUGAUAAGCUGAAUAUCCACGUAAGCAUUUAUUGUCCGUACCGUUUCAUUUAUGCUUAUGUUUAUAGAAACCUUUUGCAAACAUGCUGAAAAUGGGCCUGGGAUACUGUUCGCUUUAAGGCUUUCUUGUUGAGUGUUUUCACCAAGAAGUUGUUGCUUUUCCUUGUCCUUAUGUUGCUUCACUUCAUGGUAUCGUCCUUCAAAAGGUACAAGGUCGUCUCCAGGUUCAUAAUACUCAAAUGAUGUGUAUUCCAUAAUUGUGUUUCAAAGUUAUUUUCAAUAUGCAAGGGUGUUUUUGUGUUUUUUUAAUGCUGCUUCAUGUCUUAAAUUUCUCUCUUGAAGUGUGGAAUACUACAAGUCAUGUUUAUGUUUAUUUGUAUUCUUGCCUUUGUAUUUUAUGUAAAUAAUGCAUUUAUAAAGUCUUCCACUGAUAUAUUAAAGCAGUUGAUAAUCUCAUUAAAUAGUAGAAUAAGAAUG